AUGGGUGUUGAUGAUUUAUGCAACACAAGCCUGGUUUUAGGCUUGAGUAAUUUUUCAUCUACUGUUGAACGAACGUCGUCAAAAAAAUUAUCAUCCCAAAAGUUUGAUGGAAAAAAUUCUGAGCCUUCAUUGACUUUGAGGCUUUCUGGUGAAACCUAUGAUCAGAUUCAGAUGGUGAAGAAGGUGUAUUCUGAUAUCAAGGUUUCUCAUGAUCCGUCUGCUGAUUUGUAUAGACAAGAUAGUGCUGCUUCAUCUUUUUCUAAUAGUAGUGUGAAGAGGGAGAGAGAGAUUGGGAGUGAAGAGAUCGAAAUAGAAAAAGUUGUAUCAAGAGUUAGUGAUGAAGAUGAAGAUGGUUCUAACGGAAGGAAGAAACUUAGGCUCACUAAAGCCCAGUCUGCCCUUUUGGAAGAAAGCUUUAAGCAACACAGUACUCUCAAUCCUAAGCAAAAGCAAGACUUGGCAAGAGACCUGAAGCUUAGGCCUCGACAAGUUGAGGUUUGGUUUCAGAACAGGAGAGCAAGGACAAAGCUGAAGCAAACGGAAGUGGACUGUGAAUUCUUGAAGAAAUGCUGUGAAACACUAACAGAAGAAAACAGGAGGCUACAGAAAGAGUUACAAGAACUCAAGGCACUAAAACUAUCCCAACCCCUGUACAUGCAGCUGCCGGCGGCCACCCUUACCAUGUGUCCUUCCUGUGAGAGGAUUGGCGGCGCCGCCGUGGGUGAAAAUAAGUCCAACAGCCCUUUCACAAUUGCCCCAAAGCCUCACUUUUAUAAUCCUUGCACCAAUCAAUCAGCUGCUUGUUAA